AUGACUUGGAUGCCUCCGAGUAAUAAAAAAUGGCAUAUGAUCGAUUAUACUCUAGUCAAUCGAAAAUUCAGAUCCUCUGUAGAAGAUGUACGAGUCUACCGAACUGCUGCUGGUGUUAUUGGAACAGAUCAUCAUCUUGUACGAACCAAAAUCAAAUUCCAUCUCAAAACUCGAGCAAAAACUACACAAAAACAGUUCACCGGUAGAUUAAAUAAAAUGAAAUUACAUGAUCCUGUUUAUAUUCAAGCUUUUCAAGCUGUUUUCUCUUCUACGACAACAUCUACCUCACCAACAAUAACAACUAAUGACAAGUAUGCCGAACUAUCUACCACCUUGAAAAAUAUCAGUGAAAAUUUCUUUGGCGAUACUGAACUGCCAAGAAAGCACAAGGAAUGGCUCACAAAUGCAAUCCUCGAUAUUGUGAGUGAAAAGUCUCAAGCCUUUCUAUCAUGGCAAAAUCAUCGAGGUACUCGCAAUGAAAAGAUGUAUCGAACACAAUAUAGAACUCUCCGAAAACUGGCAAAGAAAAAGGUUCGAGAACGUCAAGUGGAAUAUUGGGAUGCAUUGAACCUGGAAAUUGAACAAGCAAUCAAACAACAUGAUCCUGUUACAGCUUACAGAAUGAUCCGAAGAUUGAAAAGAGGAAAAGCCAAAAUCGAAGAAAUGCCGAUUUAUGAUAAGCAAGUGGAUCUUGCAACUAUUCAACAAAUACCAAUUAGACAAUUAUCAUCAAACGAACAAAGUCGACAAGACAAACCUCCAUCACUCAAAGAAGUUGAAGAAGCAAUACGACGAAUGAAAAGUGGUAAAGCUCCUGGUAUGGACGGCAUAUCAGCUGACAUUAUCAAGGCUGGUGGUCAUGCUCUGGCUAUUCAACUUCAUGCUUUAUUUGUCGAAAUAUAG